UUCUUCAACGGCUUCAUAUAAAUGUCGGCUCUACUUCUCCACCAUACUGCAGAUUCGAUCUUGUUCAAAUCGACAACAAACCGUCGUCAUGCAGCACUUAUUAUUGGUCUUUGGUUUAUUUGGCUGCGCGCUAGGUCAGUACGGUGGUUUUCGUGGUUUCCCGAAUCAAAAUGCCUACCGACCGACACCUCGACCAAAUUUCCAGCAACCGACGCCUCAGUACAAUAGUCCUGGAAGAUUUAUAGCUAUCCGCAGUCAAUCGAAGGAUUCGUAUCCAGACGGUACUUACACGUUCAGCUACGACACCGAGAACGGGAUAUCCGUUGCCGAAAGUGGACGUCCACAAGGUGCUCCGCCAGGACAAGCCGAGGUUGUUCAAGGUAGAUUUUCCUACACCGCCCCCGAUGGAACCCCCGUCACCUUGGAAUACACAGCCGAUGAAAAUGGUUUCCAUCCCCAAGGAGCACAUUUGCCAACACCGCCACCGAUUCCCGAAGCUAUCAGACGAGCUCUAGCCGCCAAUCCACCUGGUCCCGAUAAUUCAGACUACAGACAACCCUAUAAUAACAAUAUUUACUCAAGAUAUUAAAUAAAAAUUAAUAACGAGUUCCAGCCUAAUUAUCCGACGUGAUAUCUGUACAUACGUAUGUGAUUUAAAAAAAAAAAAUAAAAAAAAAAAAUUGAUAUCAACCUAUCGCAGUCAU